AUGGGGGCCGUCCAGAGCGCGCCCCCGAAGACAGAAACCAACCAAGGUGCCUCCCAAUCGCUGGCUCUAUGGGCCACAGACAAUGACAUCUCGGCCGAGUCAAUAGCUGAGGCGUAUGAACUUGGACUGAAAGAUCCAAAAACGGCACUAGCGUCGGAAAAGGACAAGAUCAACUAUGGUCUUAGCGAAGGUGUUACUGUUGGAAAAUAUGUUGCCAUCGAUUGCGAAAUGGUCGGCGUUGGGCCCGGGGGCCACGACUCGGUGCUGGCACGUGUGAGCAUUGUCGAUUUUCAUGGAAAGCAGAUCUAUGACUCCUACGUCAAGGCCAGGGAGAAAGUGACAAACUGGAGGACGGCAGUGAGUGGUAUCAGCCCCAAACAGAUGCGCUUUGCUCGGGACUUCGACGAAGUCCAAAAAGACGUUGCGCAAAUCCUAGACGGUCGCAUCCUCGUUGGUCACGAUCUCAAGCAUGACCUCGAGUGUUUGGCUUUGAGUCAUCCUGUACGGGAUAUUCGCGAUACCGCGAAAUUUCACAACUUCCGGAAACUGGGCAAUGGGCGGAAACCGGCUCUCCGGAUCCUGGCGCAGGAACUCCUAGGUGUUGAGAUUCAGAGCGGAGCGCACUCUAGUAUCGAGGAUGCGAGGGUCACGAUGCUGCUAUUUCGGAAGCACAAGCCGGGCUUCGAUGUCGAUCAUGCGAACCGAUUUGCCCCAAGAGUGAACCAAGCCAGCACAUUAAAGGGUAGCAAAGUCAAGAGGAAAUGA